AUGGCCAUCGUCAUAUCCGUUUUAUUGUUAUUUGUGGGUAUCGGAGUUCUGCUCAUAAUUCAUAUAUGCAUUGUUGGUAGAGCCCUGAGUCGAGGACUCAAUGGCAGCAACAAUAACAACAGAGGAUUGGUGGCGGAAAGAGGGAGCCAUGGAAGCACGAGCUUGUCCAGAAAUGAUUUGGAGAAGCUUCCCUGUUUUGAUUUCAAGGCAAAAGAAAUGAACACUAAUCCUUUCAAUUCCUCCAGUUCUGAAGACUGCGCUGUUUGCUUGGAGAACUUCAGGGCAGGUGAAAAGUGCCGUUUGUUGCCUAUUUGUCGGCACAGUUUCCAUUCAGAUUGCGUCGAUAUAUGGCUGUUGCGAAAGCCAGUUUGUCCAAUCUGCAGAGCAACUGCUAAUGUUCUACUGGCUACCAUUGAAGAUGGCAACAAUCUUCAGGGUGAAGUUACGGCUGGAAAUCAAUCCAUCGAUUCCGUGCAGAUGACUAGUGAGAGUGAGGAUUCCGGCAUGGCUUCAAUUGAGUCGGCAGCGAGCCAAGCUACCGACCGAGAGCCUGGCAAUGAUCAACCGCUGACUACUGAGAGUUGA